GAGAAACAUGUCUUGUCUAAAUGGGCCCGUUGAUGGGUCGUCGGGGAUCAAACAGACAACCAUUGGCCAAACAGCCAUUAACAGAAGGGAAAACAAUGGCGUAUGGGCCUGAUUUUAUUCGUGGUGAUGUUCCUGAGAUGAUCUCGUUUUACUCAGGACAAUGGCCUGCUAAAUCCCUGAAUAUGAGCAAUGAUUACCUUUACGCACAGGACUCCAGCAGAGUGCAUCACGAUGACUUAAGGACUCGCCCAGACACGCACCGUCGCCGGAAGCGCACCACCUUCAGCAAGUCGCAGCUGAGCCAGCUGGAGAGAGCAUUCUCCAUCACGCAGUACCCCAACAUUAAAAUGAAAGAGUCUCUCGCUUCUAUAACCGGUUUACCGGAGUCAAAAAUUCAGGUCUGGUUUCAAAAUAGGCGCGCACGUUACUUCAAGAGCAAGAAACCGACCACACAGGCCCUGAAAUCUCCUACAGACAAUAUCCAGCACCAGUUCACCUACACUGUGCCGCCCAGCCCCCGUUUUCCUCAGCCGGCUUCUUCAUUCUCACCUACCCCCAACCUGCCGCCUCCACCAGGAUACCCUACUUUACCUCAGUCCACCAGGCUCUCAACAAUCCUCAACAGUCAGGCCACGUCCCUGCCCGUACCUACAUCUCCUGAUCUAUCUAACUCCCCGCAUGGAGUGCCCAAAGACUGUCACUUCCAAACCCCAGACUUCAUGGAUUCAUACCAAGAUAAGUUGCCACAGAGUGAACUUGAUGAUUGGGAUUUUACGGAGUUCGAGACUUUCCUGGCAGGCGAACAUGAAUCCCAUUCAGAUGACAUUUGCUACCAUUCAGCAACACAAUCUGAGUCCAACCCUCGCCUCCAGAGGCGAUUGGACCACCAGGGUUUCACCAGCACAGACGAGUCCUUGGAAGACCCAUAUGCCCGAUGCUUCCAGGACUUGGUGGGUGACUUCAGCUUGUCAGAUUUAUAUAUUUCAGCUGCAAUGAUUGAUUAUCUUCUGGACUGAUUGGACCUUGGAAAAUGACACGCUAAAAACCAUGUUGUA